AUGAAUCAUAAAAAUAAUAUUUACGAAAUAUUAAGACAAGAGGAUAAAAUAAAAAGAAAAACAAAGCAGCUGAAAGAAGAUCAAAAAAAAAAGGAAAAUGAGAAAAAAGACUUCAGCACCUUUUCUUUCGAUAUUAAUAAGUACACCUCAUGGGCUGAUAUGGUAGACGAAUAUGAUGAAUUUUUUUAUGAAGUAGAAAAGUUAAAAGAUCAAGAAAAGAAUGAAAAAAACAAGGAUGAGAAGAAGAAAAAACAAACAAACGUACAAGUCAGUGAUGAUGAUAGCACCGAAUUUGAUGAUGAAGAAGAUGAUGAUGAUGAUGAUAAUCAAGAGAAUGUACAAAAUUAUAAUUCUAAUAAAAUGAAAGAAAUUAAAAAAAAAAAUAAACCGAAAAGUGGAAAUAAAAAAAAAAAUAAAAGCUCAAAUAAUGCAAAUAAGAAAAAAAACUUUGAUAAUUUAUUAUUGGAAUAUACAAUGAGUAAUAAUGUAUUAACUACAGAAAAUAAUAAUGCACAUUCUAAUAUUCUUGAAACAAACAAUGCAACAGAUGAAACUUGUUAUAAGAAUAAUAUAGAUGAUAAUAAAGAAAAAUCGCCAUGUAAUAUAGAUGUACAUAAUGACGACAAAUUAAAAAAAAAAAAAAAAAAAAAAAAAAAAAAAAAAAAAAAAAAAGUUCAAGAUGGAAGUGGAGAUGAAAAAAAAGAUAAAGAUGAUUCUCUAAAUAAACAAAAAGAACAAAAUGAUGACGACAAGAAAAAUGCACAGGAAGUAGAUAAGAAAGCAUGUCAUGAAAUAAAUAACGAUCAGAACAAAAAAGAAGUACAAAAGGAUACAACGAAUAAUGUUCAUGUAAAUGAAAAAUUAAAACUAUUAUUAAACAAUAAUUCCAAAAAAAAUAAAAAGAAGAGAGAAAAAAUAGACGAUAUUAUAGCCAUUGUAGAGAAAGAAGAAAGUAUAAAACAAAAACAAAAACAAAAGAUGUUACAAAAAACAAAACAGAAAUUAAAAUUAAAACCUCAAAUGAAAUAA